AUGGAUACUGGUGUGAAUUUAAAGAUGAUUGUCGACGGCGAAGAAAAAAUACCAAAAAAUCUUGACAAGGAUCCAUUUCAUGAUAUUGUCUUCGACAUUGACUAUAAUAAUUUUACUGAAAAUGAUCUUUUUGUCAAAUAUAUCUUUACAAAUACUGGAUCCAAGCCACAUAAUUUUAGCUUUGGAACUUAUACAGAUAUAAAUUUCAAUGGUGAAAACUUUUUUGAUGGUAAUUGUAAUGAAGUUUAUCCAGUUGAUAAUAAAAUUGUCUCAGUAAUAUGCAAUCAAACAGGCAAAGAGAAACAAAAGCUAUUUCUUGACCAUGGUAACUACUCAGAAUUUUAUACAAUGCCCGAUAACUUUUGGUACGGUUCAGUGCCAAAAGAUGAUCCAAGAGACAAAUAUUUCCUUAAAUUUGAUAACUACAAUGAUCUAAAAGUGUUUCUUGACCCUGUGUUUAAUGCUGAAGACGUCGAAACAUCUUAUUCUUGGAAUCCAGUUAUGAUACAACCAGGUCAAACAAUUAUAUAUGGUAUGAGAUACUUUUUCAUGAUGAAUGAAGGUUUUGAAUUAAUCACAGCAACUCCAUCUGUGCCGAUUGCUAAAGGAGAAACUGCUGCAAUUCAUACAUAUAUGAGGAUAUUAGAGAAAGGCAAGAAUUAUUCUGUUUAUCAAAAGAAUGGAGACGCCGAAUAUUCAUUAAUUAGAACUUUUGAAGCAAAAAGGCCUCUCGAUAGAUGGAUUUUCUAUUACAAGGAUACAACUGGCCAAAAAACAACUGUUUUAAUGAAGAUUGUUAAUAAAAAUGAUAAUAAAUCUACAAAUGAACUAGCUGUUGAGGUUCCUAUAUCAAAUCAAAAGCCAGGACUUAUAUUAACUACAACAGGAGCAAAAGAACUCUACAGAAAUAAUGAAUCGAUAAAUCUUGGUUGGCGGGUCACUGGAGAUUCUAAUUAUUCAAUUGUAUUUGAACUUUACAGAAAUACUCAAGUUGUUAAAACUGAAAAAAUCCCAAUCGAAUUAAAUUCAACUCAUACAUCUAACACGUCAAGCUUUCUAUUUCCAUUAGAUGGUCUAAGAUCAGAAAAAUACAAUCUUAAAGUAUUUGUCGAAAACGAUUUGAAACUUAGAAACAAUUUUGAUUACACAAAGCAUUUUGUCAAUUUUACCAUUUUAAGUGAAACUAAUGUUACUGAUCUUAAAUUUAAUAAGUCUUAUGUUCUGCCAAGAGAUAAAAUCGUAUUAACAGGUAAGUUCUAUGAUUUGGAUACAACACAAAUGAUUACAUUCCAUGUAAAAAUCGGAAGUCAGAUAUUUAAUUCAUCUACAAUACAAGCAAGGGAAGAAAAUCAAGAAUUCUCCAUUAAUAUUACAGUUCCAGAAAUAAUUUCCGAAAAGAUAACUUGCAGAGUAUGGUCAACAGAUCAAGUAGGAACAGUUUCUUUUGAUGGGACACUUCCAUUAACAAUUACCGAGAGACCAAAAGUUAGAAUAGAAACAAAUAUAACAGAUAAUACAAUUUCAUAUAACAAUUGGUAUAAAAUAACUGUAACAAUAACAGAUGACAAUAAUGGCACCAUUUCUCUGAAAUUAGGAGAAACUAUUCAGACUCAUGGAUACACAACAGACAAAAGAUCUGCAACUGCUGAAUUCAUUCUUGAGCCAAAAGACAUUCAAAACCACAAAUUCGAAAAUAAUCCACAUACAAUGAAAAUUGUUGCAACUGACACUGAUAGAUACUCAGUUAGUGAUGAACAAAUUAAACUAAAUGUGACAAAUAAACCAAUCAUUGAAAAAAAUGGAAUCAUUCUACCAGAGAGAAGUGAUCCAAAGUCUUCUGUAGCUAUCUCAAUUAAUUACACUGAUUAUGAUGAAGGAAAGACUUUGUAUGUAUAUGCAAUUAAUGAAGAUGGUGAAACCAUUUCAUUUGGUAAUUUCAGAUCUGAAGGUAAAGGAAAUGCCAUUGCGACAUAUAAAACGACAUAUCCAUCAUUUGGUCGUUAUCAAUAUCAAUUCUUUUUAUCAUCCAGAUCUGGCGUAAAUACUCAUGAUUAUGACGGAGAUAAUGUUGAAUUUUCAAAUCAAAUCAAAAAAGCUCUUAUUAGUACUGAAAAACCAACUUUGAAAUUAACUGGAUCUGCAGAUGAUAGAUACGGAUCAAAUGAUACAAUUACAAUAGAGUUGACUAUCGAAGAUGACAACAAUGGAAGAGUUAUUGUAUAUGUUGAUAAUAAUUUAAUAUCAAUUCCUGACGCAAGUUAUACUGUAUCGAAUGGUAAAGGAACAAAAGAAAUUUCUCUCCUAGUUCGUGGUUACUCUUCAGAAAAAGGAAAUGAGAAUCAUACUGUUGAUAUUCAUGUUAAAGAUAAUUUCAACGUUGAAUCAAAUCAUGUCAAUUUCACAUUCCAAGUAGUUAAUGUUCCUGUGAUUCAAAAUGCAACAGUGACACCAGAACUUUUAAGAAGUGAUAUUGCAAAUGGAAUGAAUGUAUCUAUUUCUGUAACAGUAAUGGAUCAAGAUAAAGGAAAAGAUUUAUACUUCUAUAUAAAAGAAAAAGAAAAUAAGAAUCAAAAUGGAGUUAGGUACUCAUUAAAAGAUGUAUCAAGAGGUGAAAUUCACACAUAUUAUUUCAACUAUACUGUUAAAUCAAACACUAUACCUAAACUUCCUUUGGUGAUUUGGGUUGAAGAUGAUAAUAAUACAAUAGAAGAUUUUAAGUACGGUGAAUCAAGUCCAAUAACAGUUUAUGUUAAUGUCACUGAAGCACCAAAGAUGAUUGCUUCAUGUUAUCCAACAACUAUUGGAAGAGAUGAAGAAAUAAUGAUUGCGACAACAGUUUAUGAUGAUACAAAAGGUACAAUUCAUUUCACUCUAAAUGAGAAGGAUUUAACAAGCUGGGAUUUCGAAUAUGAAGCAUCAAAUGGAGUUUAUAAUAAAACACAAAACUUUACUUUUACAAAUCCGAUGGAAUAUGGAAAUGAAUAUAAUUUGGUAUUCUAUCCAGUUGAUGAAUAUGGAGUUCACCCAUUCAAUUCAUCUUCAGUGAAAACAUGCAAAUUAACUUAUAAGAAUAAGCCAGAAAUUCAAAACCCCCAAUUAACACAAUUACAGGCUGAUAAUGAUGAAAUAGUUAAUGUAACAGGAACAUUAAUGGACUAUGAUAGAGGAAAGAUGCUUUAUAUCUUCCAGAAAAUUGAAAAUCAAUCUCCUUUGAAAAUUGGACAGAUUAAUUCAACUGGAAGUAGUCAAACCUUUAAUUUACCUCUUGCAAACUUAAUUAAUCAAAAGUCUGGAAAUAGAUCAAUUACAAUUUGGGCUACUGAUAAUGAAGAUAGUUCAAUUGAUAAUGGCCGUAAUUCUAAAUCAGAUCUUGCUCAACUAUAUAUUUAUAUGGCAAAUGAUCCAAAUAUUUCGAUUACAAUUCCUGAUAAUAUUUAUCAAAAAGGUGAGAAAUUUAAUGUAACAAUCGAGGUUAUUGCUGAUUUGAGUGGAACAAUUUACAUUAAAGAUGAAACAGAAAUAAAUCCAGAUAUUGGUUCAAUUUCUUUUUCAGGAAAUCAAACCAUAAACAAAACACUUUCAUUUGACAGAGUUGGCAGACAUUUCUUGCGCUUCAAAGCAUAUGGCCAAAAUAAUACAAACUCGUCAGAUCUUACUGCUGAAAUAUUUAUAAGAUAUGUUCCAAAAUUGAAUAGUAUUUCAUUAGAUGAUCCAAAGUUUGUAUAUGAGCCAGGUGAUAAAGUUAUUUUCAAUAUAGACUUCUUAUAUGAUGCAACGGGUUAUCUUUAUAUGUUUGGCAAAGUAGAUAAUUACCCUGAAAUUUAUGAAAAUAAUGUUUAUGUUAAUGAUAUCGAAGACACUAGUGGAUAUUUCCCAUUAAUGCUUCCUGAUACAUUGAAACCAGGCUAUCACAAUGUAACAAUCUGGCUCCAAAACAUUCAUUAUAUCGGCGAUAAUCCUCCAAAAUAUACACGAUCAGAACCGAAAACAAUCAAAGUUUUAUGCUCAACAGCACCUAAAAUUGAUGUUGAUUUUGAUGAUGAUGAUAUUUAUGGAUAUGACGAUGAGAUCAAAAUAACUGUAAGAAUCAAUGAUGACGGAAUAAACGGAAAAAUUAAAUUCUUGAUUGACAACUAUCUAAUUCGAGAAGUGAAUUACUCUAUCACAACAAGACCUGAGAGAUCAUCGGAUUAUGCUUAUGAACAGACAUUCCUAAUUAAGAUCCCAAGAGGUGUUGAAGGAAUACAAUAUUAUGAGAACUAUACUUUCCCAUUAACAGUUGAAGUUUAUGAUGAAUAUUCUAAGUUUGACACAAGAGAAAAAUACAUUGCAAUCAUCAAUAAGCCAAAAGUCUAUCCUAGCAAAUGGGUUUUGAAAAAUGGUGAUGCUGAUCUACAAAACUCUGGUUCAUCUGUCCUUCCAACUGAUACUCUUACUAUUUCUGGAUCUUUUGAUGAUGAAGAUUACGGCAAAAUUUUAUAUUUGCAUUAUAAAUUAAAUAAUUACAAAACUUAUAGAACAACAGGCAAAUAUGUUCACUCUGAUGGUAUUCCAAAUCAAAAUUUCUCUAUUGAUUUCCCAGUUCCACAAAAUCAAGCAUAUAAGGUUCAUGGAAUUUCCUUCUUUUUCUCUAUGUUAGAAAAUCCAAAUUCUGAAACGCACAAAAAUGUGAUAUCUGAAGAUGUUAGCAAAGCGUUCGCCCAUGUUCGCAGACCAGAUAUAGCUCAGCUCCGAUCAUUGAGAUCCCUUUCUUUCUCAGCAAAUGACCAAUUUUAUUUAAUUUCCGAAAUUAAAGCAAUUAAUUCUGCGAAAAUUUUGGUAACACUCCUUGACAGUCGUCAAAAUAAAACAUUCGAACUUAGAACACAAAUUGUCGAUAUCGAUGUCGAUAAUAAAUGGCAGAAGAUCAAUUUAUCAUACACAGUACCCGAAGGAUUAUCAUAUGGUAUUGUCAAUGUUACACAGAAUGUUAUGUCAUAUGGAUAUUAUCCUGAGGAUGGGCCCGAAAAAACAUACUUUACAUAUAAAAACAAGAUUUCAAUUGAUUCAUUGAAUAUUGAAAAUCCAAAGAAAGGAUAUGUUAGAUCUCAAAAGAUCCAAUUUCAAGGUGUAAUGAAUGACAAGGAUAAACAUAAGCCAAUAUAUUACUACUACAGAAUUGGCGGAUCUGGUAAGUUCAAUAAAGUUGAAACAGACGACAAGCCAACACAAAUAUCAAAUGGAGAAGAAAGACAAAAUAUUAGUUUUUCAUUCAUUAUUGAUUCAGAUCUCCGCGGAAGCCAAAAACUGGAAAUAUUUGCAUCGGAUUUACCAAAAUAUAAUUCAAUCAAACGUGUUCUUGAUAAAUCAAAUGUAAUUGAAUAUAACAUUACAUUAACUGAUGUUCCAGUAUUUGGUAUUACUCCACCUACAUUGAGACAUUAUCAAUAUAAUACAACAAUUGAAUUUAAUACUUCAAUUAUUGAUGAUACUCUUAUAAGUCUAAAAGGUUACAUUGAUAACUCAAUUUUAGUUGUCGAUCAAAAUAUUUCCGUUGUUGGAAAACUGAGUGGAAAAAUUCAAGUUCCGAUUCCGCAAACACUUGAAUAUGGUUAUCAUUCAUUACAAUUUUAUGCAAUUGAUGAAUUCGAUGUUAAAUCAUCAGUUGUUGGUUUUCCAUUUUAUUUAAUCCAUAAUCCAACAAUCACGGAAGUCACAAUCGAUCCAAAUUGGACUCGCCAAAAUGAUUCAAUAUAUAUCAAGUUCAAUUACGAUGAUGUUGACAAAGACAAGAAGAUGUACGUUUUUGUCCAAAUAGGAGAUAAAGUUCCAACUGAACAUAGUGGUUUCCUUAAAUCUGAAGGUACUCUUAGUCAGAAAUAUGAUGUUUAUGUUCUUAUCCCUGCAGAUGAACCUCUUGGAAAUAAAGAAGUUCGUAUCUGGCUAUCCAAUGAUGAGAAUCCAAUGAAUAAUAGUAUUGGAGCAUUUCCAUCCAAUUAUGGAAAUCAUACAAUAAGAGUUACAUUCCAGCCGGGAAUUGAUAUUCAUUUCCCAAGUAAAACAAUUUAUCAAAAUAAUGAAAAGAUCCAUUUAGUUGGAACAGCGAGUGCUGAUUCUGAUCUCACAUUUACUUAUUAUGUUGAUGAUAUUCCACAAGAAGGAAAUAAAGUUGUGAAGAUUACCAAACAAGAGCAAGAAUUAUCCGAAUCAUUCACAAUUCCAAAUGAUUUAAUGUACGGCUGGCACAAACUUAUUGUUUCAUCAGUUGAUAAUAAUGGUUUGACCUCUGGCUCUGAUUCUUUCGCAUUUUAUGUUACAAAUGUUCCAAAAAUCAAUAAAUUCACACUUAGCACAAAUAGAAUUGUAGAAAAAACAAAUCUAAGUGCAACUGUUGAUUUCUUUGACCAUGAUUUCCUCAAAGAAGUGAUGUUUUACAUUCAAUUUAAUGAAGAAAAACCAAUUCUCAUCAAGACAAUUGAAUCCAAAGGAGAAGAUGAUUCGUUAAACUUCUCAUUUAAUAUUUCUGAUUUGGCAAUUGGAAAUCAUUCCAUCACAAUUUACAUCAAAGAUUCUGAGAAUCAUACAUCUUACACAUCCAUGAUUGCUUUCGAAAUUAUCAAAUACGUUCCACAGGAAGAAAAUAAACCAUCAGGAACAAGUGGAUCGGAAAACAGUGAUGAUACGAAAGGUAGAAAAGAUUCAUCAAAGUUAAACAAGACAGGACUUAUAGUUGGUGUUGCUAUUGUUGCAGUCAUUUUGGUGAUUCUUAUCAUCGUUGCUACGAUUUUAAUGAUAAAGAAGAAGAAAGCUAGUCAAGGAGCAAAACAAUUCUCAAGCGAAAGUGGUUCUGAACUUGAAGAAACACACGAUGCUGAUAUCAUUGAAUCGACAAUUACCAACAUAAUAGGAGAAGAAGCAACAUUAGACAACCCAGUAUUUGUCGGCGGAGAAAUUGCAGAUGAUUCCGAUUUGUUCAAUGACCAUGAUUUUGCUAGUGAUGAUGAUGAACCAUGA